CAAUGGCAACAAAGAACACGAACGUCAUCUAACUUGUGAUUGGCCAGUUGGUGUGGACAAUAUGAAUGGCAACAUGUAUUGUUCGACGCCUUCCCGAAUCGGCGAGUAACUUUCUGACUUCCAACUCAAGCCGGUCUGUGCAGGACGGACGAGCCGUGAGCCGAGCUGGAGAUGGCGGAUCAGGACCCGCCUCAGUUUGGAUCUGUGGCUGAAGAGCUGCAGUACUGGAAGGAGCAGGCGGCCAGACACCAGCAGAUCGCCGCGGAAGCUCAGGAGGAGCUGCAGGAGUUCCAGCAGAUGAGCCGGGACUACGAGGGGGAGCUGGAGACGGAGCUGAAACAGUGCGAGGCCAGGAACCGCGAGCUGCUCGCAGCCAACAACCGUCUGCGUAUGGAGCUGGAAAACUACAAGGACAAAUAUGAAACGCAGCACUCUGAGGCGUGCCGGCAGAUCUCCAGCCUGGAGGGCGACCUGGCCCAGACCACGGCCGUCAGAGACCAGCUUCAUAAGUACAUCAGAGAGCUGGAGCAGGCCAACGACGACCUGGAGAGGGCCAAGAGAGCCACCAUCAUGUCCCUGGAGGACUUUGAGCAGAGGAUGAACCAGGUGAUAGAGAGGAACGCCUUCCUGGAGAGCGAGCUGGACGAGAAGGAGAACCUGCUGGAGUCGGUCCAGAGGCUAAAGGACGAAGCCAGAGACCUCCGGCAGGAGCUCGCCGUGCAGCAGAAGCAGCAGGUCCAGGACAGGAAGCCGUCCAUCAGCAGCGCCGUCAAAGAGCCUUCGUCCUCUUCAUCGUCGGCGGGGCUGCCCACGCCGCCUCUCACCCCCCCGGACAGGAGAGGCGAGGAUAAAACCGCGACUCCGUCCGCCGUCACGCCGUCCAGACCCGCGGCCUCCGCUGAGGCCUUGGUCUCCCCGCCGCCCUCCGUCAGCAGAGCUGAGAGUCUUUCUGCGACUCCUCUCACCACGUCGACGAGGAUCUCGGCUCUGAACAUCGUCGGUGAGCUGCUGAGGAAAGUCGGGAGCCUGGAGUCAAAGCUGGCUUCAUGUCGGGACUACGUCAACGAGCAGACGGCGACCCGCGGACGCCUCAGUGGUGGGUCUGGAUCUACAGCGGCUCAGAGCAGCCCCCCCCCAGAGAACCAUCCCACCAACAGCCUCUACAACAAGGGUCUGGUGAAGAGGUUAGACUUUGGUGCCGGAUCCAAGCUGCUGCUAUGAAGUAAACCCCCCCCCCCCCCCCGUCCUCUUCAUCUCACCGUGUGCCUCCUCUGGACUCAGAACACGGUGGGCUACUCUAACGGUUUAACGGAUGGAGGUUCUGCCGUCUGACGUGUUGACAGGACUUCCUCCUCAGCACUUGCACUUGUGUCGGACUCACACUCUGGACUUUUGUCGAUGUUCCCGCUCCUUCAGUUUGUGUUUUCAGACUGAAUGAGAAGCAAACCCCACGUUGAAUUAAAACCAGAUACAGGUUUGCUUUUAAUGUUUUUGCUUAAUUAUUGUCCGUAUUUUGUUUUACCGGAACAUCUAAAAGAAGUCGCACGCUUUCUCGUUGGCUAGCUCAGAACUGAAUGGCCUCAACGUUUAAAUCUUUUCCAUUCUCUAAUAGUCCUGAAAGAUGCUUUUUAACUUCAACGUCUGGAUGCUUCAGUAGAAACGGGAAUGCACAUUUAAAGCACAGCAUUAAGCUAAAGCGUUAAGCUAAAGUCCAGCGAGAUAGAACCGAUAACUGGACCUCAGCAGCGGUCGACACCGUCGGCCGUCCAUCUUGUAUCGACUUCCUUUGUUUGAACGUUUAGCCCAGAAACAUAAUCUGUGGUUACUAUAGUGACUCCCGCCUUUUUUGGGUUGCUAUGGUUACUCCCCCCUCCUUCUUAGCUGGGAUGUUUUCAUUCUUUUGUUUCAGUCAUGAAGAUUUCUACUUUCUUCUGGUCGCUGUUUUGAUUUUCUUCUUGGUUUUUCUACUAUUUUCCUUUUUGUUGCCAUAAUAUUUUCUGGCUUUUUGUCUUUUUGUGACAGGAGGAGAGAAACAAAGGCACAUUUAAAAGGAUCUCAAACAAACAUUUCCCUCGUUUUAUGCUUCCUACAGUGAUUUUAAUCUUUUUUUUGUUUUUUGUAACUGCUGUGAUUUUAUUACCCCCCACAGAUUGUAAUUGGAUCCUUUUUUCUUUUUAAAUCUUUGUGUUUAAACUUAGUGACUUUCUCUAGUCACUAUGGCGAUUCCCGCCUUUUUUUUUGUUGAUCGCCACGGUAAUCUCCACCUUUCUGUGGUGGAGCAGAUGGAGCAGCACUUUUCAGGAGAAAGAAACACUUUAAAAAAAAAGGUUUUAAACAGAUAUUUGCUGUUUUAGUUAGAACCUGAGUUGUAUAGAUUUUAUUUUUCCAACUGUGAAUGAGUAACUGAUGUUGUGCUUUGCCACAAAUACCCUUUACUCAGUUUUUUUAUUUUAUUUUUUGUGGCGAAGGUUCAGCUAAUUUGGGCAAACUAGGAUGAAAAUUCACCCCAGAAUGCCGAGUAGAAACUGGUAAGACAGACACUGGACAAAUAAAUAAUAAAAUGCUUUUGUUCUGA